CGAAGAGCGGAUCUGACUUAUCAAGCUGCAUUGAAAAUUGAAUUUGCAUACAAUGUGUUUGACGCUUGUGUUUCUUUUAACCGUUAUGACGGGUGGACACGCUGGAUAGGGAAGAGUGCUUGCGUUGAACACCGUGCAAGGAUGGAGAUGUUGAUUCCCACCAUCAACAGGCUGCAGGAGGUUUUUCUCACAGUGGGCGCAGACAUCAUCCAGCUGCCACAGAUAGUUGUGGUUGGGUGCCAGAGCAGUGGAAAGAGCUCCGUUCUGGAGAGCCUGGUUGGACAGGAUUUCUUACCUCGGGGAUCAGGAAUAGUUACCAGACGACCACUGGUGUUGCAGCUGGUUAAUGUGGCCCCUCUGAAGGAGAGACUGAAGACUGAGAAUGGAAGUGAAGUUAAGCAAACUUCCCAAAACAGCUACUCAGCUGUCAGAGCUGAAGAAUGGGGUACAUUCCUGCACUGCAAUAAUCAGAUCUUUACAGAUUUUCUGGAAAUUCGUCAGGAAAUUGAAGCCGAGACAGAGCGCACUUCAGGUGGAAACAAGGGAAUCAACCCUGAGCCCAUAAAUUUGAAGAUUUUCUCCCCCAGAGUCCUUAAUCUAACAUUGGUUGACUUACCUGGAAUUACCAAGGUUCCUGUCGGUGACCAGCCAGAGGACAUUGAGGCUCAGGUGCAAGAGAUGGUCCUGUCUUUCAUCUCCAAUCCAAACUCCCUCAUUCUUGCGGUGUCUCCUGCCAACUCUGACUUGGCCACGUCUGAUGCACUGAAAUUGGCUCGUGAGGUUGAUCCAGAUGGUCGUCGAACGCUGCUGGUUGUCAGUAAAUUGGACCUGAUGGAUGCAGGUACAGAUGCUCUGGAGGUUCUUCUCGGCCGAGUCAUCCCUGUCAGGCUCGGGAUCAUCGGAGUCGUAAACAGGAGCCAGCAUGACAUCAACACUCAGAAGAGCCUGGAGGACUCAAUGCGGGAUGAGCAAGCUUUCCUGCAGCGCCACUACCCCUCCCUCGUGUCCCACUGUGGUUCACGUUAUCUGGCCAAAACACUGAGCAGACUGCUCAUGCACCACAUACGGGACUGUCUGCCAGAACUGAAAACCCGAGUGACCGUGCUGAGCGCCCAGUACCAGGCUCGGCUCACCAGCUAUGGUCAGCCUGUAGAGGACCACAGCGCCACCCUGCUGCAGAUUGUAACCAAGUUUGCCAGCGAUUACUGUAACACCAUAGAAGGAACAGCUAGGCACAUCCAAACCUCGGAGCUCUGUGGGGGCGCUCGGAUGUGUUACAUAUUCCAUGAGACCUUUGGCCGUACUUUGCAGUCCAUCGAUCCCCUGGGGGGACUGACUGAGCUUGACAUCCUUACAGCUAUCCGCAAUGCCACGGGUCCGCGUCCGGCACUUUUUGUCCCCGAGGUGUCCUUUGAGUUGCUGGUGAAGCGACAAAUUAAGCGGCUGGAAGAGCCGAGUCUGCGCUGCGUAGAGCUCGUUCACGAGGAGCUACAGCGGAUCAUCCAGCACUGCUCCUCCUACAGCACGCAGGAGCUUCUGCGAUUCCCCAAACUACAUGAUUCCAUUGUGGAAGUAGUGACUGGGUUACUGAGAAAACGGCUGCCAAUUACUAAUGAAAUGGUACACAAUCUAGUUGCGAUAGAGCUUGCGUACAUCAACACAAAGCAUCCAGAUUUCACGGAUGCAGCUCAGGUCUCAGCAUCUGUCAACAGUCAACAGGCAGAAGCGCUUGAUGGAGGGAAACGGUGGAAAAAUGAGAAGGUUGCGGAAGAGAAAGCACCGUCUUCAGGCUUUGGCAGACCCAUCAAAGCCCAGGCCAUUAACCUCCUCGAUACAGCGGUGCCCAUAUCACGAAAGCUUAGUGCACAGGAACAGAGAGACUGCGAGGUCAUCCAACGCCUCAUCAAGUGCUACUUUCUUAUCGUCCGCAAAAGCAUCCAAGACAGUGUACCGAAGACAGUGAUGCACUUCCUUGUGAACUUUGUAAAAGAGCACCUGCAGAGCGAGCUGGUGGGUCAGCUUUACAAACAACCGCUGCUGCAGGAGCUGCUUAUUGAGUCACAGGACACAGCGCAGCAACGGACUGAGGUUGCCCAAAUACUUGAGACUCUUAAAAAGGCCAAUAACAUCAUCUCUGAGAUCCGGGAGACCCAUCUGUGGUAGCCAGAGGAAACAACCGGUUCCCUUAUCUUGUGACAGCUUUGAGAGUUUGUGGAUGUCUGUGAGUUUUCAGUUGAAAAAUUGUCUGUGUUUGUGUGUGUGGGUGUUUGUGUCAGUGUCAGUGUCAUCUCAUGGGCCAGUAACCAUCGCAAAUUUAGUAGUUUUACUUUUUUCUGUCAGCUGUCGCCCUGAGCAGAGGUUCUUUUCACUGUGAGCGUUGUGUUGUGACAGACGAAACUAAACACUCAGGCUGAAAGCUUCCGGAAAUGUGAAAA